AUGGCGCAACCGUCUAGACUACACCCGGCUCUAGCUGGUCAUGCUCACACUUUGCAUAUAGCCUUAUCUACAGUCGGAACCUCGAGUCCUCUCCUUCCUCCCAAUGCCAUUUCCAGACUGGAUAGAUGGCUCAAGCGUAACCCGUUUGUUGUCAUGGCAAAUACAUCGAGUCGCCAGCAGCUGGAUAUGGUUGGAACAUUACUCUGGAAUGACUGCACCCAUCUGAUCAGCUUGCGUGGUCAAAAUCCGGAGGAUAUGCUGAUUCUCGGCAAAGUGAGGGCUUUCGCGUUUGUUGUGUUGAACAUGGCUGUCAUGCCUGACCUCCUAGGAGACCUCCGGGCUCUCGAUCUGGCCGUCAAGGCUGCGCGUAUUUGCAUUGUGAACCAGCAAAGCGAAAUUGCGGUAAAUAUCUUGUCAGUGGCAGCCACGAGGUUGUCAAACAUUCAGCCUGCUCAUCUCGGGCUUGACGCUGCGAUUAACCGCACUAUCACCACCCAAUACUUGUUGCUCCGUAUGCGACUGGCCUGGUUGCAUGAACGAGCAGAUAUCGCCGAGCAUUUUUAUGGCAAACUCCCUGUCUUGCAUAGGUCGCAUGAUGAAGAGUGGAUUUUCGAGACUUGCUUUAUCAUUGGUGACUCUGCACUCGCACGGCGCCUGCCUGACAUCGCUAUCACAUGGCUGCAGAGAGCGAGCGAUCACUUGCAGUCCUUACACAUGAUGAUUAAGUUUCCAUAUUAUUAUGAUUGGGACUUGGUUAUUCGACAUUCUCUUGUUGUGGCUUGUUCACAAGUCAAAAUCCCUCUGGCAACCGCCAUCUACGAUUUUGAAAUGAGCUACUUGAGAGAAAAUUACCCAUUUCACCCUGCUGUGAUCCUUUUUGAUCUAUCUAUGGGACAUGGCAAUCCUAGUAAUGACGGGGCACUACAAGCCCUAGAGAGGCUGGUUGAUGGCAUGACCCUUACAGAUAUGAACAUGCCGAUAAUUUUCCAAUAUGCCCGAUCUCUGGGUCAUAUAGGUGGUUCGGAUGACGGAAUGGAAGCACUUCGAAGGCUGCUCAUGCGCCCUCUGCCAGCAGGAGAAUGGACAGAGAAAUGCUUUGUUGCUUUUCUUCUACUUUUGAGCAGAUCGGACUUGUCUGAUUCUACGCGUAUUCAGGCCCUCCAGGAUGUGAUUGACUCACUAGAGCGACGUGGAUAUCCAUCUUUUAGCAGUAGGGCAUCUCACGCCACAUUGAUUUGCAUCUGGAAAAUGACUGCUGGUGCAAUUUCCCGGAAUGACCGCUGGAGUGCAAGGCUAUGGCUUCAGUUGUGCAGUCAGCCAAAGAUCUUCCAACGCUGCUCCCUGCCCAUCCAGAUUGUGAUACAAAAGAAGCUGGUUGCUUAUUACAUAGAGGCUGGACAGCUUGCCGACGCUCGUUGGUUAAUCGAUCGGGGUAUAGUCCAAAGCCAGGAAGAUUGCCAAAGGAUGUACUUGUCUUACAAGUUGACAUUGCUGGAGGGAAAAAGCGGUGCUGCGCAUUUCUAUCUCGGCUUUCCUUCGCAUCCCGUGCCGCACAAGCAACUGAGCCUUCUUUCGUGCGCAAUGGAAGCUCAGAGACAACACAAACCAGAAGAAGUCCUGAAUUGUCUUGAACCAUUUAUCAACUGUUUGACUUCAGAUGACAUUUAUCAUCAUGACUUUCCCGCCGCCGAACAUCACAUGUUUGCCAUUACUCUUCUCUCCGAAGAGCUAUCCAAGGGUGGCUUUAACCAGAGACUUGGCAAAUGCAUCGAGACUGUACUCGAAAGUGCCCUGUCUUAUGCCAAAGAAAACAGCCUGUUUGAAGGUGGCGAUCGGGAGGUCUCAGUCACUCAACUGGAAUGGCUGUAUUUGGCAACUUACAACGUUGCUCUGAAACUUAUCAACUCUUCCGGAUUCCUGUCGGCUACGCAUGCCUUAGAUCACUCCAGAGAUUUUGCGCUCCAGUAUCGUCAGAUUGAAUACCCUGAGGGGGGCUCCAAAGCACCCCGGCCGCAUUUGUUUUCGGUUAUUUACCUUCGUCUCCUUGUUAGCACACUUAGGGCCCGCUGUGCUGAUCCGACUGCAAAGAAACCGCACUACGAGGAUGUAUGCAUUUGUUUUCAACAACUAGGUGACUUGCGUGGUUGGGAAGAUGGAGAAGAGACAGACGCUGGCGCAAAUUACAAAGAAGAAAAGCACUAUAAUAUUGCCCGAUUUUUCAACCUUGAGGCUACCAUGCACCUCAACAGGUGGCAGGAUGUUGUCAGGAUAUGUGCAUCCGAUGACACGAUCCCUGAUUCAAAGUUUUACCCACAGAUCAUGGAUUUGACUCUCCGAUUGAACCUACCACCCACAUGGGCGAUCUGGCUUAUCAAGCGGAUCGUGUCGAAACUCAACGAGCUACGGGACGAUCCCCCUACCACAUGGCAACACGAUUUCCGAGCCUCCCUGCCUCGUUACCUCCACUGUCUAUUCAUACUAGCCAUUGAACCGGACCCCUACGCAAGCACUGAUAGAAGUGCCAAUCUUGGUUUCAAAAUGGCCGAUGCUGAAGUUGCUGAAGAAGUGCUCGAUAAAAUCCUCGCAAUGGCAGACGAAGAGGCAGCCGUUGCAGAGGAAAGAUACGGUACACAGCACAGCCUCAAUGCCAUCCAGGUCGGGUCGGAGAUGGAUUAUAUGUUUACAUAUCCAGCGGGGGAAUUAAUCAAUGUUGCUACCAUGUCCUUCAACAAGGCUAUUGACUUUUACCGUGCUACGCGGGACCAGGAUUGUCAGCGUUGGGCGGAAAAAGCCAUUCGUGUUGCCCAGCUUGUGCCUGGUGCUCAGGGCAAAGCGCUGGUCAACGUACUUCAGAUCAGACUGGGAAGCUUGAUUGGAGUUUGA